AUGGCCAAAAGAUCGGCCCCAAGAAGAAAAGACAAUAAGGUAAACAACACGAGCAGCUUCAAUUCGAAAACAGUCACGGUUAGUCAGCCCAAAGUAGCCACAGUUGGGCAGCAGAGCUCUCAAAAGCAGAAAUCUAACACCAGGCAUGAGAGGAUGCAAUUUAUACCUAUACCUGUGACGUGUGAGUAUCAUGCUAGAAUAUCGGAGCAUUUAAUUGAGAAUUGUACUGGAUUCAAGAAAGCCGUAGAGAGGUUGAUCAAGAAUGGGGAUUCGAAAUUUGAGAGUACUUCAAAUACUGAGAACCCUUUGUCGAAUCAUGACAAUCAAGGAGUAAAUGCCAUUGUUGAAGCUGGUGGAAAAAGGGGGAAGGAAAAUGUUGCUGAAGUAAGGAUACCUUUAAAAGUAAUCUGGAAAGAGAUGGUAAAGAGAGGGAUAAUAACCUCUGAGAAAGAGGGAAACGAAACGAGAAACUAUGCGAGAAAUAAGGAAGUAGAGGCACCAACAGUGCCCAAGGUCAUCAUCCAUAAGCCCAAUCCUUUUCCUUACAAGGAUGACAAUAGGGUACCUUGGAACUAUGACUGCAGUAUAACGGUACCAAAGGGAGAGAGUAUAGCCAGCGCGUCCAGGGGCACGCAAAAUGAAGGUUCCUAUACAAGAAGUGGGAAACGUUAUGAUGAGGGGGGUAUCAGAAUGGAGCCCACAAAAACAAAAGAUAUUGAGAUUGAGAAGAGAAAAGCAACCAAAAUACCCAUUAAUGAGUCAGUUAUGGAGGAAGAGGCUAAGGAGUUUCUAAAGUUUUUGAAACAUAGCGAAUAUAGCGUGGUCGAGCAGCUGCGUAAGAAACUAGCACGUAUAUCAGUGUUAGCCCUACUCUUGAGUUCUGAAGUGCAUAGGGAUGCAUUGCUAAAGGUGCUUAAUGAAACAUAUGUCACCCAUGACAUAUCAGUUAACAAGCUAGACCGAUUGUGUAAAGGAUACACAUUACCCAGCAUACUUGUCGAUAAUAGGUCUGCUUUGAAUGUCCUUCCCUUAUCUACCUUGAAUCGAUUACCUAUUGACAGUUCGCAUGUGAAGGCAUGUCAUAAUGUGGUAAAAGCCUUCGAUGGAACUAAAAGGAAAGUAAUAGGACGAAUUGACAUCCCUCUGAAGAUUGGACCAAAUACGUAUGAAGUCGACUUCCUGGUAAUGGAUAUCAACCCCUCCUAUAAUUGUUUGUUGGGGAGACUAUGGAUACACUCGGCAGGAGCGGUGCCUUCUUCAUUACACCAAAAAUUAAAGUUAGUGACAGAUGGACACUUGAUAACCAUCAAUGCAGAGGAGGACAUCAUAGCAGCAGUCACCAAUAAAGCUCCUUAUGUGGAGGCAAAUGAGGAGGCUAUCGAAUGUUCUUUUCGCUCCUUGGAAAUUGUCAAUGCUACCUUCAUUUCAGAGGGAAAUAAGGUGUUGGUACCCAGAAUGUCUAGAGCAACAAGGAUGGCCUUGCAAAUGAUGAUGGGGAAAUGA